UCUACAAUUGCGUGGAGUUUUUUGCAUGAGUUGGAACUUGGAAAAUCGGUGUGUCUGAGAGUGACUGAAGCCAAUAGCCAUCGACACAAUUGACCUUAAAUUAGCUUGCUAAUUAUACAUGUUUUUCUUUGCCAAGUUAGUCAACUAUUUGAUCUUUCUUUACAGAUUUGUGGAGAUUUUCUGUGCCAAGUUAGUCAACUAUAAUGAUGUUUAAAAUCUUGCUUUUUUCAUCUGUAUAUCACAGGUUUGAUUGAAUCUAAAGCCACCAAAAAAAGAUCUAGAGUUUGCUCUUUCCCUUUCAAGAUUCAUAGAAUGGCUAAAUUUUCUUUGAUUAAUCCUUUCUACACGAGCAUUCUGUUACUUCAUUUGAUAAUUGCUUUCUCCUUUUUUCUAUGUGUAGAAAUUAAACCACUGUUUUUUCUCAGCCUUUGCUAAUCCUUUUUGUUAUUUCCUCCUUUCACCAUUUCUGCAAUUAGGAAACUAUGAGGUUUGAUAUGGUUCCAUCCACUGUAGAAUGUCCACUCCAUGUUGUCCCUCAAGCAUCUGGUUUUUCACUAUCAUUGACCCUUUAUACAUCGUCUUCUUCGACAAGAAAUCGCAUAAGGGACCAAAAAGUCUGUUUAGUUGUCAUUUCUAAUCCGUUUUCAUCUGAAAACAUGCGACAGUCUCAAACUUUCAACAAGACUCUUUCCCGAGGGCGUACUCUUAAACUAUCCUGUUGUUCAAACUUGGGUUAUAUUUUUCAUGAGGAGCCAUCCAAUCAUGUAGAAGGAUUGACAGAAAGAUUUCACCUAUUGGAAGGGGAAGAGAAUGAAGGAGAGAAGCAUUGUGAAAUAUCUGAAAGUGGUCCUUCUACCAGUAAAUAUGCAAUGACUAAAAAUUUAUUCUUGCAAUCAGAAUUUGAUUUCCUGGAACUGAAGAGGCUCAGGAUUAGACCCGAGGCCCCGGAUUGGCCAGAACGGAAGGCUGUUAUGUGGGCGACUCUUGAACAAAAGGCUAGGAGCUUUGAUCUUCCUCUUUCUCUAAGGAUGGUAAAAAAGAAACUACAAUUGGAAAAGGCCUUUACGCAUUCUGAAGAUUCAGUCUGUUGCUCGGUGAAAAAGGCUUUUGCUUCAAUGGUAUUCAUUGUCAUCGAGCUUCAAAGCUAUGCAUUACAGAUGAGAGAAGCAUCGUGCCGUGAAGAGCUAGAGAUUAUUAAAGCUAAAGUACAGAAGGAAUUGCAUUCGUCAUUUGUUUGGCUUUUUCAGCAAGUGUUUUCAAGAACUCCGGCUAUGAUGAUAUAUGUGAUGAUCCUUGUAGCAAAUUUCAGUGUACAUUCUGCAUGCCACAACGUUUUUAUUGGAGAAGUCUCCUUACUAGGAUCACCAUCUCUAGACUCAACUAUGGUUUCAGACUGUGGAGUUCCAGGGAGCAUAGGCGAGAAUGAGCAAAAGAGCAAUCCAUCAAAGACAAGUCGACAUCUAGAGGUUCUUCACGAAGAACAUUUGCAGGUAGGUGAUCAAGUUUUGACAAGUGUGGAAGAGUUGAAUUUGUGGAACUCAGUGGUGGAAGAAGCAACAAAGAUUCAAGCAGGUUUGAGAAAUGUGAUUCUUGAUCGUGAGAUGAUGCAACAGUUUGUUUCCCCGGUAUCGGUUGAGCUAGAAUCGGAUGACUACGACGACUAUCUUAGGACUGACCUUCUAUACCAGAUUGCCUUGUCUCAGGAGCCUAAUAAUCCACUUUUACUCUGCAAUUAUGCACAGUUUCUGGAUCUCGUGACCCACGAUUAUGAUCGGGCAGAGCAGUGCUUCAAGCAGGCAACACAAGUGCACCCACCAGAUGCCGAAUCCUUGAGCCAAUAUGCUACCUUUCUAUGGAAAGUUAGGCAGGACUUUCGGGCAGCAGAAGAAAGAUAUUUACAAGCCCUGGCGGUCGAACCUGACAAUUCUCACUGUGCUUCUAAAUACGCCAAUUUCUUAUGGAACGUUGAAGGGGAUGAGACAUGUUUUCCCCUCGACAAUUCCAACCCAAGCAGCUCAACCUCGAACUUCUAGAGAAACUGUAAACUAGUACGGUCAUGGAACAAGAGUCCAGUACCCAACUCUCGGGAGAUUAGUGGAACUUCUUACCUAAACAGGCCAGGUUGAGAAAAACUGGAUUUAUACAUGUAAGAAGGAUGAAUAACAAUAUUGAGUUGUCAUGGGUUUAAAGAUGGAGGGAGAUUUAUUGGUAACUCUGAUGUAGAAAUAUAGCAGAGUAAAUUUCAUUAAUGGUAACAAUACUUGCACUCUAGCGCUCAUCAGGUAAUUGUACUUUAAUUUUGUUAAAUUAACUACAAUUUGACUUGGUUUCAA